GCGUUAUCUUUCCUAUUUUAAAACCCUCUCUCUCUCCAUUUCACAUUCCUCAGUCACCAAUCACAAAUCCCAGUUCCAGACUUCUCAAUUUCAUGUUUCGAAGUCCAGAAUCAAUUUUAUUCCCACCUAAGUUUUCACUUAGAUCUGUUUCCAAAUACCAGCUAAAACCCCAUCAUUCUUCGAUGCAAAUUUCACUUCCUCCACUCUACUGAGCUGUGUGUUCACAGAGAAAAGUGUUCUGAGUGUGGGUUUUGGUGUUAUGUCUGCUUUGCAGAAACUGCCGCAGAGUAUGGCGACUGCGAGCUGUUAUGGGUCGAUGCUGUCGUGUAAGGCUGACGUUUUUGUGCCCGAUCAGUUCCCGGUGGGGUUGAGAGUUCUUGUAGUGGAUGAUGACAUUACCUGCUUGAGAAUUUUGGAGAAAAUGCUCCGAAGAUGCAUGUACAUUGUUACUCCUUGCUCCCAGGCUAUUGUUGCUUUAAACAUACUACGGGAGAGCAAAGGCUGUUUUGAUGUUGUAUUAAGUGAUGUUCAUAUGCCUGACAUGGAUGGCUUCAAACUCCUCGAACGAGUUGGGUUGGAAAUGGACCUUCCUGUCAUUAUGAUGUCAGCAGAUGGAAGAACCAGUGUUGUUAUGAGGGGAAUCAGACAUGGGGCCUGUGAUUACUUGAUUAAGCCUAUACGUGAAGAAGAGUUGAAGAAUAUAUGGCAGCAUGUUGUGAGGAAAAAGUGGAAUGAAAACAAAGAGCAUGAACAUUCAGGUAGCUUUGAUGAAAAUGAUCGGUGUAAACGAGGAAGUGACGAUGCUGAAUAUGCUUCUUCUGUUAACCAAGGAUCAGAAGGUCUAUUAAAAACACAGAAAAAGAGGAGAGAUGCUAAAGAAGAAGAUGAUGGUGACAUGGAAAGUGAUGAUCUGUCAUCAUCCAAGAAGCCACGCGUUGUAUGGUCAGUUGAGCUCCAUCAGCAAUUUGUUAGUGCUGUGAAUCAACUUGGGAUUGAUAAGGCUGUACCAAAGAGAAUACUUGAAUUGAUGAAUGUUCCAGGUUUAACUAGAGAAAAUGUUGCAAGCCAUUUGCAG